AUGCAAAUUAAGGCUUCUACCUAUCGAUGGGGUCGUAUUAGACACGAGAUGGUCAGCCCGAUUAAACAAGUUUUAGAAGAAAUUUUCAAUAAAGUUGAUCAAGUAGCGGAGUGCCGUAAUAAAGCUUACAGACUAGUUUCAACGAUGAAUAAGUUAGAAACAGGAAUAAUGACAAUUACGUGGAACGGAAUCCUAGAACGCUUGCAAGCGACUAGUGCUUCGCUGCAGUCGUCUGAUCAAGACCGUAAUACGGGAUAUGCCCUUUAUGAAUCAUUAAAUGGCUACGUCCAAGGAAUGCGAUCCACAUUUUCAGAUAUUAAACCAAGAGCCAAGGAUCCGACCAACUGA